AGUUCUGCUAUAGAUUUGUGGUAUUUGCUACAAAUCUGAGAAUUGUUAUUGUAUUAAAUUUUAUUUUCUUUCAUUAAUUAUAUAUACUGUAUUGAAAUUUUAUUAAAUAAAUGUUCGACUGAGAAUUUUAAUGGAAUGAUUGACUUUUAUCCUAAGGAAUUUAAUUUGUGAAAUGGCUCAAGCGGAUUUCGGAACUGGAAAAACUCUUGCUGUGUUAGCGAUUGUUCUCGGAUGUUUUGCGAUAUUAUGGCCGAAAAUAUUUUAUCCAAUGUGGCAGGCCGCAUUUGCUUUAUCAAGCUCCAAAGUGGAUAGUGAUGGAAGAUAUAAGGAGACUGAUCGUCCUCCCCAUUUGCAUCCUGGAUCAAUCAAUCCUCGCAUGAGAGGAAGUGUGACUCCUGAGAAUGUCCAUGAAAAAUUUAUGAUGAGAGAUGGAAGACCAUUUCCUCAUCCUCAAUCCAGGCAGCCUGUCAAGUCUCAACCGAAGUCUGGUGGUGCCAUGAGUAUAAUCAUGCCAAUUUAUACUGUUGGGAUCAUAGUCUUCUUUAUAUACACUGUCCUCAAGCUUGUUUUUAAAAAGAACCCUGAAGAACAGAAGAAGCCUCUGAUCAAAGAUUUUCACAUGGAUCCUGAAUAUCGUAAAUUUAUCUGCCAGGAGACGGAUGAAAUUAUAAAGACACCUCCACCACCUCCCAAAACUACUACCAAACGAGGAGGCAAGAAAAAGAGUGUUGCAGCAUGCAAAACCGCAAUUCCUGAAAGCGAAGAGGAAGGACAAGCUGCUGAAUUGGAUGCAAAGGAUUAUGAAAUCUAUAAAUUGAAGAAAAAGUUGGAAGAAACAGAGCAGGCCAUGGAACGAAUAAUCCAGCAUAUGGGCGCUGUGAAUGAUACUCUCAACAAAAGAUCGGUAGUUGACGACCAAGUUAUUCAGAAAAGUGAUGUAAAAAUCAGGAACCGCAAAAAUAAAAAUGUGUCCAGGCAGAUGGUGGAGGAGAUGAGUGAGACCUCCAAGAAGUGUCAUGACGUCGUUCCAGAUGAUGAUGAGGAGGAAAACGAAGACACCCUGGAGGAAGAUCUCACUGAGCUUUAUAAGAUGUGCCAGGAAACGGGAGCCUCCAUGAAGAGUCUUGGAUCAGACCUUCCCAGCGAUCCUAUUGAGGAGGAUAUCGAAGGAUCUGAAGAUGAAGGAUCCAGUGAAGGAGGAAAGAGCGACGAGGAGGAGAAGGACAGUCUUCUGGAAGAUAUGAUCAAAAGCGAAAAUAAAAGGAAGCCUUUGUUGACAUAGGAUAUACUUCGUUUGAAAGUAUAGUUUGUCUAAAGUAAGAACUUUCCUAACCAUUUAUCUGUAAUGAGAUAUAACUAUUUCAAGUAGGGGUGUGGGGUCAUUGUUUAGGACUGGCUUUUGCUUGGGUGGACGAGAGAAACCGAAUUUGUUUUCUCUGUCUAUUGUGUUAGCCCUAGAUUGAAGAGAAGCUACCCUCCCUGAAAUGCACUAUUCUCAUUUCCAUAGUAGCAGGCGGCCUCAAACUUUGUGGCAGGGGAGUUCUUACUGUAGACAAACUAUACAAUCGUGAGUUAUUUACUGGUAUGGUACCUACAAAUAAAUGUGCAAUUGUAAUAUUUACAAAUUAAUCAUUCCCUUGCAGAAUACAUUUGUUUCAUAUCCAACUAGGUCAGAGAUGGCGAACCUGUGGCAUGUAUGUUACUAGAGGGCAUGUAUAUCUCUUGGUGGCAUGUGACAUAUACUUAAUUGCCACAAAGGAAAGCUCUAUUAAAUUGCUUAUUAAUUACUGAAAUUUCUUUAGUUACUUAAAUUAUAUUGAGUUAUAAAUUUAGAAAUCAAACUAAAUUACGAGUUUCAAUAAUAUUGUGAAUUCUGUACAAUGGAUUAUGAGAAAACGCCUUGCUUUAGAUUUAAAGCAAGUUAAUAACCAAAAAGCCAAUAUAGUUAUGCAUUGUGAUUAUAUGGUUUAAAGCCAAAGCAGUAGCUUUCAAAUAAUUUA